CCGCCAAUAGAAUCGCGGGCUUUUUUAUUUUUGCCAAUUUUCUUUUGCAGAAGUUCACAAUUUUUUAGUUUUCUUUUCCAGAAGUAGCGGUUCUUCAGUUUUAGGGAAAACUGAAGCUAGGUUUUCUGAUUCACUUAAGAAGAACGUUGUUGGCCUGGUGAAGUCUAUCUCUGGGUGUCAUCCUCCAUCUAUUGACACGGCUAAAGCUAAGGUUGUUGGUGUUGGAGCAAUACUACAACCUGUUUCUAGUGGUAAACAGCCAACCAUGAUGAAAAAUAUGCAUAUUUCUAAUGAUAAUGAAACUACUGAUGUAAGUGCAAUCCCCCCUCCAGAAAAAAAAAGGAAGGGAAGAGGAAAGACAACAGGGCUUUCAUCCCAAAAGAAACGUAAGAAAAAUGACAAUGGAAAGUUGAAGGUGAUCAUUCCACCAGAUCGAACAGUUGCAGUAGGUCCUGGAGCUAAAGAUUUUAUUACCGAGCUCUCUGUGAAAGUUCUCCAUAAUGCUAGACAUGGUGUGAAGAAUUGGAAGGGAGUUCCUGAUCUAGCAAAGAAUAGAAUUGUUGCUUAUACGCUGCAAAACAAGAAGUGAAUCAUAUUUGCGGGAGAAAAACUUUUCAAGCGGUGUCUUAUGAAGCGAGGAAUACAACCACUGGAAAAGAGCCAAAUUUUCAAAAACUUUGGGAAAUAACUCACAUGAAGCCAAAUGGGCAAUGGGUUACUAGUGCUUCUGCUGAAGUCAAUGACAAAGUGAAAGACGUUAUUGCUGAAAAAAUUCAAGAUAUUGACGAGGGUACCGAUGUGGAUCCUAUUAUUAAUGCUGCAUUUGUGCAAAUAAUGGGAGAAAAAUCAAAGUACAUUCUUGGUAAAGGAUCUGGGAUUAAUUCAGCAAGUAGAAUAUCUAGAAAUGAAAUUCAAGAACAACUUCGAGCACAACAAAAGGAAGCAGAAGAAGAACGCUAUAAACGAGAGAGUGUAGACAUCAAACUAAUGGAAGUUAAGAAUCAACUUGAAGAGGAGCGAAAGAACCGAGAAGUAAUGGAAUUUCGUUUAGUGCAUGACCAAAAAUUGUUAAAAGAGAGCAUGAUGGUGCUAGUAUCUCAUUUGAAGAAUCCCAAGAAUGACCUUCCUGCUUCAAUUUUCAAUAUCUUUACAACUUCAACUACUUCUAAUGAGACAAGUUCUGCAUGUCUAAUGAAUAACAAUUGGGAAGAUUUACAUGUAAAGAAAAAUCAAGAAUCACGGAUGCAGAAAGUGUUGGAUAACUUGAAAGACGUCUUGAAUUUUGAGAAGCAAAACUUAGAAAUGGCUAUUUAUGAUUGUGAUAAAUUCAAUACAUUGUGCAAUGAAAAAGAUGUAGAGCUUAAGGAUGCCCUAACAGAGAAGCGAAACUUAGAAAUGCGGCUUCCAAAGUUGAGUUCUCAAGGUUCAAAGAAAACUACUCCGAAAGAAUUGAUCGACGCAAAUAAUCAGGUCUUUGAUAAGAUCCAUGAAGAGUUGAAAGCUCGUUGUAUGUUGCGUACCGCAGAAGAAACAAAAAAGAGGCUUUUGAGUGAAAAAUCAUCACUUGAGGAAAAAAUUGUAGAGAUUGAAAAGAAGAAAUCAAGUGAGAUAUGUUUCCUAAAUAUCUCUUGUUUCACUCCCAGCUCUAAGAGUUAAGUCAUACUACACUACCUUCUCCCAUACAUAGUUUAUGUUAAUUACAAUAUUUAAUACUAGAAAAUUGCAAUGAGUUGAAAGAUUUAUGAGAUAUUGGUAAUCUUUGUAAUUUGCAAUUUCUUGAUCUUGAUAAUACAAGGUUACAUUGUCUGUCGUAGGAAUGCACAAUUUUACAAAUACAAGGCUAUUAAAUAUGUCUUCAUCUUAUUUGGAGUAGUAUAUACCAAGGAAUAUUAGAGAAAUUCUCUAGCUUUGAAAUUAUAAAUAUGACGGAUGGUUAUAUUCGACACUUUUGAUGAGAUAUUGUCUGCAUCUGAUUUGGAGAGUAGUAUGCCAACAGGAUGUUGAUUAUGAAAAAAAGAGUUAUUAAAAUCCCUACACAUAGAGAGUUGUUCUUGUGUUUUCACAUUUAGCUAUUUUCUCUUUUUGAACUCAAUUAAUGCUCUUGGUCAGUUUUGAUAAGAAGGGAAUAAGGAAGUCUUUUAGAAUCUGGAAACUGUUAAAAAAUUUAUUACUAAAGGAGAUUAAGAUUAAUUUUGACUUCUUUUUGUUUAUAUGACAUUCUUGGGGUUGAAGGAAGUGAACAGAUGAUCCUUUGCCAAAUCUAGGAAAUCUCACUCUCUUCCCUUACAAUUUAUAGAGUUAAUUUGAUUUUUAUGUGACAUUCUUGGGGUUGAAGUUUAUGAUCAUGUUAGGACAGAUUUAGUGUUAAGAAGUAUCUUAUAUUAGUUAGAAUCGAAAAGGAGUGAAGGUGUACUUUAAACGAACUCAAACGGAGCAACCGGAGGAAAAAUGGAUGGGGCAGGCGCCCUGGUGCUAUGGGUGGCGUAGAACACCAGAACCUUUAGGAAAGAGAAGGGUUUGGGGCGCUCUGGAAGACACGCCGCGCCAGGCCCCAACCCUAAAAAUUCUGUCGAGCAUUUUUGCUCGUUUUCUCACCAUAAAUCGCCUAAAAUUGAACGGUUUUUUCACCAAUCACUUGCAUUUGAUCACAUAACUUAAUUACACUCUAAUCUAAUAGAAAAUUCACUUAAAUUACUAAACUUGAUCUCAAUAAAUCAUCAAAACUCUAAAACAACAAGGUUUAGAAUGAUCAUAAAGAACACCUUUCAAGAACUAGUCAAGAACUCUAAUAUUUAAACUUAAAGAAUGAAAUUUUUCUGAAAAAUAACAUGAUUGGUGUGUGGGUAAGCAAAAACAACACUAUGGAAUCUUAAAUACCUCUUAUAUAUUAGACCCAUGGUGAAAAUCCGUAACUAGACUAAAGAACGUCGACGAACACCUUCAUCCUUGCCUCUUUUCUCCUCUUUUCUUUUCAUGCCUCUUCUUGAAAUCUCAACUUUAUCGCUAGGUGUAUAUUCGGAUUAUAAAAUUUAACCUAAAAGGAUUAGACCCCUAAAAUAUUACUAAAAAUGAAAUAAAUCCUAUUGGGUAAGGAAAGGACCAAAAUACCGCUCAGUAUUUUCGGCUAACAUUACUUAACUAGAUAGUCUAACUUCAAAAGGUCAUAUCUCACUAAUCCGAAAUUGAAAAUUAACAAACUCGGUGACUUUGGAAAGAUAAUUAAAACUCGGUGACUCUGUGUGUGUGUGUGUGUGUGUGUGCGUGUGCGUGUGCGUGUGCAUGUAUAUAUAUAUAUAUAUAUCUAUAUAUGUAUACGGAUGUAUGUAUGUAUAUGUAUUACUAAUAUAGUUUUUUCAAAAAAAAAAUUUCAUUUUCUUAAAAUUUUAUUUAUUUAUGUGGUCUAUAGUUAUAUAUGGCAUAAAAAGUUUUUUUUUGUAUCGCACACACUGUCCAAAUCCCAUAUUGAGCUCCGAUUAAAUUUGAAUCGCGCACUACAGGGACCAUGUAACAUUUCGUAACUUGAAAUAACUAAAGAAUGAGCUAAGAAACCAAGAAUCAUCUUUUUUGGAGAUAUAUAGGAAAUUUUUUGAAGUUUGAAUGUGAGUUUUUAGUCAUUUUCAAAUGUCCAUAACUCCCAGCUCAGAGAAUUUAAGGUGAUUUCUUUAUAUGAUUGGAAAGCUCUUUCCAACGGGGCCAAGUUUGCACAUUUUCGAUGUCGUAUGAGAGAGAUAUGCCUUUCAGAAUUUGUGUUGUUUGACUGUGGAAAGUCCAAUCUAGAUUAUUGUAAGGAUAAAGAAGUCUUUUCACCCUAGUAUUUCCUAAUUCAUUUUAAGGGUUUAGUAGGGGUAAAAUUAAGUUGUAAUUCAAUUUUGGAGAAGUUGAGAACGCUUAUGCAAAAACUUUGAAAAUUCAAGACGUGUUCUGGAGUGUAACAUAAGUAAAAUAAAGUUUACACAUUGUUUUAAGAUCUACUAUAAUGAAUAUAAGCCAUUUAGGAAGUCUAAAAACCAAAAUAUCCAAGAAUGUCCAUCACGUUAGAAAACUAGUUGAAGGAGGUACAAGCGUGCCUUGACCUAUUUGACUAGCUUUAAGGAGUUGAAAAUGAAUGAAAAUUGGUGUAAGUCUGUAUAAAAUGGGCUUAAGUUGAUUUAUAGUACGACUCUCCAAGGACAAACCAAGGUCCCUUGAGGAGGACCCUUGCAAGUGGAGUCAAACACUGCUUGGGCAGUGUGCACCCACUAGAGACAGACGAUGGGGCGGGUGUUGAUUGAAGGGGCAUCGAUACCAACCUUCGACAAAGACUUAGACAAUUUGUUGGAGUCCCUCACCUGCACAGUCUCUGAGCUCAUUGAUGGACGUGCAUCACGGAAUGGGGGCUGGUCCGUAGAUUGAGCCACGAGGCGUCGGCGGGGUCUCGUUUGUGAGGGUCCAAUUUUGCUGCACAUUUUUUACUAAGUCUUAACUAAUUAAAUAAGGGGUUUGUUGGUUAGUUAUGGAUUAAGUUAUGGUUAAUUAACUUAAUUAACCCCCCAUAUAAACACCCCAACCCCAUUAGUAUAAUUCCAACUCAUAAAACAAAA